UUUAGUAUUUCAGCCCUAUUAAUAGUCACCUCCCAGCCUCCUCUCUACGACUGCGGCCAACACACACACACAGCUCUGGGACUCAAAUAUCACAUCGACCGGCACCAAAUGGCAGCGAGGAAGACUGCUUCUAGGGAGGAAAACGUGUUACAGGUUUUUUAAAGCGCGAAGGGCGGAAAGAAGCAAACCUCGCCUCUGCCUCCUCCCCCGCCCUGCCCACCGAUCUUUCCUCUGCAGAAAAAGUACUCGUCGGAGAGAGGUGCGGUGCAGAAAGAGCUCGUCCACAGCGUGGCCAGAUUUGUUUUUGUUUUUUUCCCUGACGAGUCUCUGCUAAAAGGACAUUAACCGCACGGUUUUCCUGGAGGUUUGUUGUUGUUUUUUUGAUUGGAGGUCAGACUGUAAUCCGCCAGCAUGUCGCCAUUCCUGCGGAUUGGGUUCUCCAACUUUGUUAUCGAUCCCGGUCUGGCUUAUUAUGAGGAGGUGCUAAACCCGUACUGCGCCGUGUACAUGAAGGAGGCCAUCGACACAGAGAAGGGUCAAGUGUACAAGCAGAAGAAGCCCACCAUGUACCCACCAUGGAGCACCACCUUUGAUGCCCAUGUCCACCGGGGGCGCAUCAUGCAUGUGAUGGUCAAGGACCGGACAGCGGAGCUCAAAUCUGAGGCCACGGUGGCUCUGGACUCGCUAGCGACACGCUGCAAGAAGGAGAACGGCAAACUGGAGAUUUGGCUAGAGCUGAAACCCCAGGGUCGCAUGCUGAUGGAGGCCAGGUACUACCUGGAGAAAAGUGAUGCUGCCGGUCAGACAGAGGCCAACCAGGAUCCUGAGCGUGAGAGCGAGGGACUAUUCACGCUCCAUCAGCGACGUGGAGCCAUCAAACAGGCCAAAGUUCAUGUCGUCAAAUGUCACGAAUUCAGCGCAACCUUUUUCCCUCAACCAACGUUCUGCUCAGUCUGCAAAGAGUUUGUCUGGGGCCUCAACAAGCAGGGCUACCAAUGCAGACAGUGCAACGCAGCCAUUCACAAAAAAUGUAUCGACAAAGUCAUCGCCAAGUGUACUGGUUCAGCGGUGAACAGCAAAGAAACAAUGAUCCAUAAGGAGCGCUUCAAAAUCGACAUGCCCCACAGGUUUAAAGUCUACAACUACAAAAGCCCCACUUUCUGCCAACACUGUGGGACGCUGCUAUGGGGGCUCGCCAAGCAGGGGCUCAAAUGUGAGGAAUGUGGCAUGAAUGUCCAUCAUAAAUGCCAGAAGAAAGUAGCCAACCUCUGUGGUGUCAACCAAAAGCUAAUGGCCGAAGCUCUGGCCGUCAUUGGGAGCAAGCAACAGGCAAAAAGCCCCAAAGAGUCCGAUAUUAUUGGUCGAGAUGGUCCAGUCGGCAUUGGCCAGCCUGGCGUGGUCCGAGCUCCGUCCGGGUUAGUGACUGGUUUACCUGCCACAGCGUUGCCUGCAAACAAAGAUUUACAGGGUGUUUCCUGGGAGGGGCCGGCAGAUGUCAGCAGGUCAGACACUGAGGCGCUUCCAGAAGAGCCUCUGUACGCCGUUCCGAGGAAGGAUCAUCAAUCUAAAUUCGCCAUUGAUGACUUCACCCUACACAAGAUGCUGGGGAAAGGAAGCUUUGGAAAGGUGUUUCUGGCCGAGCUGAAAAAGAGCGGGCAGUUUUUCGCAGUGAAGGCCUUGAAGAAGGACGUGGUCCUGAUGGACGACGACGUGGAGUGCACCAUGGUGGAGAGACGGGUUCUGUCCUUAGCCUGGGAGAAUCCUUUCCUCACGCACCUUUACUGCACGUUCCAGACCAAGGAAAACCUGUUCUUUGUAAUGGAGUACCUGAAUGGAGGAGACCUCAUGUUUCACAUCCAAAACUGCCACAAGUUCGAUUUAUACCGAGCCACCUUCUAUGCAGCUGAGAUAAUCUGUGGGCUCCAGUUCCUGCACUCCAGGGGAAUUAUUUACAGAGACCUAAAGCUGGACAAUGUGCUGCUGGAUUCAGAGGGUCACAUAAAGAUAGCAGACUUUGGAAUGUGUAAGGAGAACAUGCUGGCUGACCUGCGGACAUCCACCUUCUGUGGAACGCCUGACUACAUCGCCCCUGAGAUCCUGCUGGGACAGAAGUACAACAGCUCAGUGGACUGGUGGUCGUUUGGAGUGCUGCUCUACGAGAUGCUGAUUGGUCAGUCUCCGUUUCAUGGCCGUGAUGAAGAGGAGCUGUUUCAGUCCAUACGGACGGAUAACCCGAUUUAUCCCGGCUGGCUCACCAAUUCUGCCAAAGACAUUCUAGUUAAGCUGUUUGUCCGGGAGCCCGAGGAGCGGCUGGGAGUGAAGGAAAACAUCAGGCAUCACAGUUUCUUCAACAGCACCGACUGGAACGCCCUGGAGCAACGGAGGGUGACUCCACCCUUCAGACCAACCCUAACGUCACCCAGCGACUGCAGCAACUUUGACAAAGAGUUCAUCAACGAGAAGCCGAGGCUGUCGAGUGCUGACCGCACACUCAUCAACAGCGUGGACCAGACCAUGUUCAGAAACUUUUCCUUUGUUAACCCCGGGAUGGCUCGCAUCGCAGCGCGUUGACCAAAGAAAAGAAGGAGAAAAAAAAAAGACAUUCAAACGAGCCAGAAAUGGUGGACUGUAGCUGAAACAAACUGCUGAGGUUACAACACUGCAAACAUCACAAAUCUCAUCUCAGCUCGCAAACAUGACGACGAUAACCACUAAGAGGGUGUGCUGGGAGUUUUUACUUUUUCCAAAACAUACCAAAAAUUAAGGAAUGACAGCAGUAAAAAUGCACUUAUAGGAAAUUAAGUCGACAAGGAGUUUUCCUGCCAUUCUCUAACUGUGACAACAUUUAAUGUGUUUUGCUUUACUUGGGCCCGGUGUUGGACUAGUGACCUUUCCAGGGUUAACCCACCCCCCUACUAGGUAUAAGCAGUAUAUAUAACGGAUGAAUGGAUGUUUUAUUUGGUUAAUAACACAUUUCACUUUCAUAUUUAAAGUUAUUGUCUUUUUUAAGAUAUUAUGAAUUUAAUCGAUUUACAUUAAUUUAGUUUAGGAACGCUUGUUAUGAACUUUUGGUGCCUCACAGAUUAUAAAGUUCCAUCCGUAAUCCACAUAAAUUUAAAUAAAGAUGUGAAACUUUUUUUUUGUGUGUAAGUAACUAAUUCUGUCAACACACUUUGCUGUAGUCAUUUCUGUUAAUGUUUACAGGUGUAUCAGUAUUGUGUCAGGAGUUUUAUUGAAGUAGCAGGGAUCAGACGCACAGUAGCUUCUAAUGUUCUAUUCAGUGUUGAUCAAGAAAAAUAAAGUGCAUGGUAGUAGGUGUUUUCUUUAAAGUGGUGUUUGUGAUUUUGUACUUGAUAGUAUCUCUCCCCACAUGUGCAAAGGAAGUGGAGGUGGAGGCGUUGAUACCAAAAGAAUAGGCUCAGUUUUUCCACUUGACAUUUCACUUCAAAGAAUGUUUUUGUACUAAAUUAACUGAGAAAUCCUUCCAAAUUCCAAUCAAAUCCUUGGCAAAUAGGUUUUUCAGUGUUACUAUGCUAUGUUACUGUAAAAAUAUUCAAAACUCAAUUAUCACAGGAGUUUUUUGGUGUGUCAGGUAAGUUUUUUUUGUUACGCAAUAGUGCACAGUAUACACUGCCACUUGUGUGUGAAACUAUGUCAUA